CCACCAACAACCACCACCACCACCACGAGACCCUCCACCGCCAGCCAGCCAGCUAGAACGGCGUCCUUCCAAAUAGAACCGUCCCGUCCCGUCCCUUCCUUGCACCACCACACCCCGCCCCCUCCAUCCUCGUCCGUCCUCGUCCGUCCUCGUCCGUCCUCGUCCGCCGUCCUCCACCAUCUGUCGACGUCAGGUACCAGAACUCGAAACUCGAACCACCACCACAGGCUCGCGCGCGAGAAAAAAAAAGACGACCACCACAACACCACAACACAGCACAACACAACACAACCCACCACAACCCACCACAAGCAUGACGGAGGCAACGCCAACGCCAACGCCUCCAUCGCCGCCCGUGCCCGUGCCCUUGUCCUUUCCCGCGCCCUUACCCGCUUCGGCACCAGCUCCAGCUCCAGAAGCAAAGCCGUCACAGGAGCCGACACAGGCACCGUCACAGGCACAAGAACCGGAACACACGCCAUCCGCCGCGCCCGACACACCGCCGCCGACGGAAGGCGCGCGCACAGCGACGCUAGUAAUAUCCGACGAGUCCCCGCCCGUCGACGUGAUCGACGACGACGAGGACCUGCUCGACGAAUACCCGCCCGACAUCGAGGAGCUCGACCUCAUCCACCUGCGCAUACUGUCGAUUCCUGCGCUGAGGCUGGAGAGGUUCCUGAAAAUCACGAAAUUAUGUCUCCGCCAAAACCGCAUCGAGCGUAUCGAGGGACUGGAAGUCCUGGCGGACACGUUAACGGAGCUGGACCUGUACGACAACGCGAUCGGGCACAUCAACGGCGUCGAGAAGCUCACGAAGCUGACGAGUCUGGAUCUGUCGUUCAACGGCAUCAAACACAUCAAGCGUCUGGAGCCGCUGAAGGAUCUGCUGCAGAACCUGUAUUUCGUGCAGAACCGCAUCAGCAGGAUCGAGGGCCUGGAGGGGUUCGCAAGGCUCACGAAUUUGGAGUUGGGUGCAAACAGGAUUAGAGAGAUUGAGGGGCUAGACUCCCUCGUUUCCCUCGAGCAGCUGUGGUUGGGGAAGAAUAAGAUUACCGAGCUGAAGAAUCUCGGAACGCUCACAAAACUCAAGAUCCUAUCGAUCCAAUCCAACCGGCUAACGGAAAUCAAAAACCUCGAGAACCUUUCCGAGCUCGAAGAGUUCUACGUAUCGGACAACGCGCUGACGGAGAUCUCCGGGCUGACGCACAACCCCAACCUCAAAGUCUUCGACGUCACCAACAACAACAUCUCGCACCUGUCGGGGCUCGAGCAUGUCCCGCAGCUGCAGGAGCUCUGGGCUAGCAGUAACAACCUCGCCUCGUUCGCAGAGGUCGAGGCUCAGCUCAAGGAUAAGGAACAUCUAGAGACUGUGUACCUCGAGGGAAACCCUCUGCAGAAAGAUGCGGGUAUCACCUAUAGGAAUAAGGUCCGCCUCGCCCUGCCGAGGAUUAAGCAGAUCGACGCGACGUAUAUUAGGGCUUAACGCAAGAGUGCGAGGCGAUGCGCGGGCGAGAAAGCGUCGGGAGUUUGCAAUUGGAACGUGGGUUAAAUGGGGCUUUCUUUUCUUCUCUGUGAUGAUGAUGGAUGGGAUGCAUACGGGUUCUGCGGAGGGGAGGGGAGGGGAGAGGAGGGGGUAGGUGAUACAAUAAUAAACGGGGACGGUUCGGGUGAUCGCGAGUCCCGAGUCUCGUAUGUACGGUACGUCGUGGAAGAAGUAAGAAGUAGGAAGUAAGAGUUGCAGACUGGCUGUCUGUCUGUCUGUGAUUGGUGAUUUGGCGAGCAAUCGGCGGUGAUAUUAAGGAAGGGAGAAGGCUGUGAGUGUAUGUGGUCAUCCAACAUCACUCGUGAUUUCAAGUUGGCUUUGAAGCUUGAACGCCAAUGGUUAUAGAUAUGUAGAGUACAG